AAUUUGGGGAUUUUUUUUUAAAAUAAAAUUUUUUAGGCAAACUUUGAAGGAAUUAUUGAAGUUUUUUUUCCCCUAGGGUUUUGCAAAUUUUCAGAAAUUUGGGAAAUUUUGUUGCUGAAUUUUUGGAUUUUUUUCAGACAAGGAAGCAAUAUUUUUUGGUGCCCGUAAAUGAAGACAAUAGGAGGGUUAAAGCAGGUGUGGAGUGAGGUGUUGGAAUAAGAGCGCACAAACACAUGCUGUUCUGAUGAACUUUAACUGCCUCCAUGCUGAAGGAUGCUUCUUAAAAGUACAGGAAACAAUCAUCCCAGCCUGGUGUGUGUCUCCACUUUGACCUGAGUGUUUACCAACUUCCAGCUUCAGACUCUUAUCCCUCUCUCCAUGCUGCCCGGACAGAUGGAUGAGGACCUUUGUAAUGGUCUAAUGGGAUCACAGGUCGGAUCCAAUCACUAAAGAAAGAGUGUAGCCAGUCACUGUAAGAGAGGACACAGGUUUACCAUGUCUAAAAUACUAAAAAAUAAUAAAAAAUGCGAUGGAGCCACCUAGACUGAAUCAAAAUGUGUUGGCUAAAAUCUUGAGUUUUUACUCUUCUGCCUGGAAAAAUAAUCUUGUUUAACUUCUGCUAUUGUUUCCUCUUAUUGUCUAAAAUGGUAACAGGAAUGAUUUUAAUUAUUCUGUGACUUUGUCAGCUUUCAGGUGGACUAAACCUGAACCUUAACAUAUCAAAAAAAGAUGAUUAAAAUGUUCUGAAUGUGCUUGGACAUGAGGAGAAAUCUGGCUGCAACACAUUGGAGAUAUGAAAACAAAGGGGUUUAUAAAUGAAUUAAAAUAGAUGAAUUAGACAUGAAAAAGGUGCAACAUGCAUAUUUAAAGAAGUUGCUAAAUAAAAGACAAAAAGGGGGCAGAAGAAUGACUCAUGUAUGUGUAUGUGUGCUGACUGAAAGUAAUGCAGAAUCCCUUCAGCACAAUUAUAUUUGAAAUUGUUACUUGGUUUCUGAAUUAUGUGGGUUUUUUACUUCAAUACAUUCCCACCAUAAAUUGAUGCAGAAAUGUAAAAAUGGCUAGAGCAGGUUGUCCACUAAUCUCAAGGUUGGUGGUUUGAUUCCCGUCUCCUCCUCAUACCAAUGUGUCCUUGCGCAAGACCUUGAACCCCAAGUUGCUCCUGAUAGCAGACAAGCAUCUUAAAUGAAGCUCUGUUGCCACUGGUGUGUGAAUGAGAAACACUUUUAAGUACCUCUAAGGUAGAAAGUCGCGAUGUAAGUGCAAAUCACUUGAAAAUCUGCACAUUAAAAUUCUACAGGAUGCACAAAAUUAGGUGUUGUUGCCCUGGAGGAGGAAACCCAGUUCUAUGCUUUAAAAGAAAUCUACAUCUAUGCAAUUAAAGUUUAUUUAUUUAUUUAUCUGUAGCCUCAAUUUAAAGAUGCUGAAUAUCGUCACCUUCCUAAAAUAAUGGCCUAAGUCAUUUUUGGGCAAAAGCUUUGUUUUUUUUUUGCCUAAAAUCAUCUCCUCACGAUGAAAAACCUGAAAAAAAAAAGACUUUGGUCGUUAUUUUACGAAGGUGUCGGCAUCAAAUAAAAGCUUCAUAAAGCAAAAUAAAAGUUUUGUUCAACAGUUUGGUCAGUGUAAUGCCUGGGAUUGACAUUUUUGUCCUACUUACAUUCAGUUUGUAUAUAAAACGUAACUCUUGAUGUCUUUUGUUCCAGUUGUCCAGUCUGUCCAUCGAGGACCAGGAGGACAUACAGUUUCCUUACGCCAUGAGGGACCUGCCUCCCAUGUCCCAGUCCGGUGAUCAGCAGCAGACCCCAGGCCACCAUGAGGCAGAGGGAGCUGACACAGCAGCCAACGGGAGACUCCCCAGCCUUCCUUCCACUCCCCCUCCAUGCCGUCCACUCCCCUGUCGCCCCACCGGCUCUCCCAUCGUCCCUCCCAGAGCGAAUCACAUCGGGCUGGACAGAGAGUUUCAUCCCCUGCAGCUGAGGAGGCAGCUUGCCUCUCAGGUGUCUCUGGACUCUCCGCUCAGCCCGGCCUCACGUCCACGCAGUCCCUGGGGACGCUUCGACCCCUACGACUCUCCAGAGGAUCAGGACAAGGAGUACGUAGGUUUUGCCACACUGCCCAACCAGGUUCAUAGAAAGACUGUGAAGAAAGGUUUCACUUUUACGCUUAUGGUCGCAGGGGAGUCCGGUCUCGGCAAAUCCACACUAAUCAACAGUUUGUUCCUCACUGACAUCUACAAAGACAGAAAAGUCCUCAAUGCUGAAGAACGGAUUAACCAAACAAUCGACAUCGUCAAACACACCAUCAGCAUCGAGGAGAAAGGAAUCAAACUGAGGCUGUCCAUCAUCGACACGCCGGGAUUCGGAGACGCCGUCAACAACACGGAAUGCUUUAAGGACCUGGAGGACUACAUCGACCAGCAGUUUGAGCAGUACUUCCGAGAUGAGAGCGGCUUGAACAGAAGGAACAUCCAGGACAACAGAGUCCACUGCUGCCUCUACUUCAUCUCUCCGUUUGGCCACGGCCUUCGACCUCUGGAUGUGGAGUGUAUGAAGGCCUUGCAUGAGAAAGUCAACAUAAUUCCAUUACUGGCCAAAGCCGACAGUUUGACGCACGCAGAGAUCCGCAGGAAGAAGAUGAAGAUCAGAGAGGAGAUGAAGCUGUUUGGGAUAAACAUUUACCAGUUCCCCGAGUGCGAUUCAGACGAGGAGGAGGACUUUAAGACGGAGGAACAGAUCCUCAAGGACAGCAUCCCGUUUGCAGUGAUUGGGGGAAAUGUACAGAUGGAGAGUAAAGGUCGCAAGUACAGGGCUCGAGUCUAUCCCUGGGGUGUGGUAGAAGUGGAGAACCCGGCUCACUCUGACUUCCUGCUGCUGAGGAACAUGCUGGUGAGAACACACAUGCAGGAUCUGAAGGACGUGACGCGAGAGAUUCACUACGAGAACUACAGAGCUCAGUGCAUCCAGAACAUGACGCGUAUGGUGGUGCAGGAGAGGAAACGCAGUUUGCGUGAGAAGAAUCGAGAGAUGAGCGAGGCAGAUUUCCCGCUGCCGUUGGCCAUCGUGGACUCUGAAAAGGAGAGACUCAUCUUUGAGAAAGACGAAGAGCUGAGGAGGAUGCAGGAGGUGCUGGAGAGGAUUCAGGAGCAGAUGCAGCAAAGCCAGAAAGGAGGCUGCUGAUUCUCCCAUAAUUCCCCGUGUGAGGAGACGAAUGAGGAGCACCCCGAGUCACAGACAAUCAGACAGAGAUGGAAAUCAGGUGUAUUAACAAUAAACAUGUUUCUGACUGUCGCUACCCACAGGGGUGAACAAGAUUAAUGGGUCUUUGUACCUGCUAGAUCACCAUGGUAACGUAUGGUGCACAGCCGACCUGCCCCAGAGCACCUACAUGCAUUCAGUUAGUGAUGCAGAAAAUGUAUAAAUUUGUUUUCAUGUUUGCUCCUGAUUUCCUGCCAACUCCGAUUACAGCCGCAGCUGAUAGAACACAGAUCAGAAUAUUGGUAUUGUUGGUAUUAUCACAGAGAACAUCAAUCAGGGAUAGUAGUUUCAGACAAAAACCAAAUCCUUCAUUAUGGAGCAGCGUCAGAACUAAACGCACCUGUUCAGGGUCAAGUUUAAAUGUGUGAAGGUUAAAGUUGAAGAGCUCUAAUGUGCAGCUGUCACCAUAGAAAGUAAAAAUAAUGAACAGUUUACUACCAGCAUUCUUCUCUUGCAUCAUUUGCAGUAACAGAAUUUGCGACUGUAAUAAGUUUAUAUACGAUGCAUAGCUCUCCUGUUGACUGAAACAGGUGGCAAGCAGUCUGUUCAGUUUGCGCUAAAGAGGAGUAAAACGAUCCAUUAAC